ACUGCUAUUAUAUUUAAUAUUGUUGAAAAUAUUAGGCAUGAAAACACGCGUUUUGCGUUUGUUAAGACUUUCCUCCGCCCACUUCGAUAAUUACUUCAAGUCCUAGGGACUGUAAGCUUCAUUUUAAUUUAUAAGGUCGGUUCUACACUACGCGUAUUUCGGUUACGUAUUUUUGGCAAGACGACAACAUAUUGUUUUGAAUUGCAAUGUUCACAUAUGCAUGCUGCUUAAUCUACGUCUGGUAGUAAUCGGCCCUUGUAAAAGAGUUACUGUUUGAUUGUAUUUUCAUUGUUAACUGCUAAUUUCAUUAUUCUGGAUAAGAAAUUGUAAACGAAGAUGGAAUUAGUAGAUAUCGGAGAACAUUUUUGGAAACGCAAUAGUGCGUUGUUAAGGAAACCAGCAUAUUUCGAGCAUUUUUUAUUAUCAAAUUUCAGAGACGACGCCGGCAGAAAACAUAACGGACUGGAAUAAUGGCAUCCCCGUAAAUCACCAACCCCAGGAGCCGCCGAAUGCCCAAGAAAUAACGAACGUUUGUUCCGAUGACUCUCUUGAUUCGUUCGGCAAAAGCAAUUGUAACGAUUUAGAGGAAGGUUUUUGUUGCGUAAUUUCCAUGUACGACGGCGUAGUCCUGUACACGACGCCGAGUCUCACGAAUUUAUUAGGAUUCCCGAAGGACAUGUGGUUGGGUCGUUCUUUCAUCGAUUUCGUUCAUCCCAAAGAUAGAGAGACAUUUUCCGCUCAGGUUACUACGGGUAUUACAAUUCCACUGACUGAUUCCGCUGGAAAAAAUAUGAAAAACUCGUUCUACGUCUUUUUGAGGAAAUACAAAGGUCUCAAAACGACCGGUUUCGGGGUGGUUGAGAAAACUGUCUCCUAUCAGGCCUUCCAACUGACAGCCACAUUUAGGCAUAUCAACGAUUCGCAGGAAACGAAACAUUCGAGCAGUAUUGGCGGAAUAUUUCUUAUCAUUGUUGCCGUUCCGGUAACGUCGUCGUUCAAAGGUAAUACUAUAAAGCACCGAUUGAAAAUAAAAACUUUUUUGAAUAAUAUAUAACAUUUAACCCUCUCCACCUCAUUUUUGGCAU